CGUACGUUUCGAGUCAAUAAAAUUACCUCCCCACCCACCGCCCCCUUUUCUAUUCGAUUAUUCCAAAGCCCCCAAAAUCAAAACUCUUUCAAUCUCUUUCUCAUCAUUUCUCAUUUCUAGGGUUUGAAAUGUCGGAGAAUUUAGGGCACGAUUUCAACUUGCCGGACGCGAUUCUAUCGGUGAUUCCCACGGAUCCGUACGAUCAGCUCGAUUUAGCUCGCAAGAUAACGUCGAUGGCGAUUGCGUCACGCGUGUCGAACCUCGAGAGCGAGACGGGGAGGUUGAGACAGAGCUUGAGUGAGAAGGACAGGGUGAUUGCGCAGCUGGAGGAGAAGGUUGCGGUGCUUGAAGAUGCGUGUCAGGAUGCGCAAGUGCAGCUCAGAGUCACUACGGAAGAUAAUAUGAGAUUGUCGAGGGAGCGGGAUUCGUUUGCGAUGACUGCCAAGAAGUUGAGUCGCGAUUUAGCAAAGUUGGAGACAUUCAAAAGACAAUUGAUGCAGUCACUAAGUGAAGAUGAUUCAUCUCAAGCUGAAACUGUUGACAUCGAGACUUGUGAACAAAUUCCCAAAGCCUAUCCUAUUACAGAGGUGACUAAUGGCUACAAGAUACAACGUUCUAUAAGCGGAUCUACAGAUAGUAGCACCAUAACUGAUGCCUUGAUGCAAACUGGCCAAAGAGCAAUUAGUCCAUAUAUCACACCCCGGCUUACUCCGACUGCUACUCCAAAAGUAUAUUCUACAAAUGGGUCACCUAGAAGGUAUUCAUCUAUCGAAUCUCCUCAGACAACCUCUGGGGCCACUUCACCAACAAAAUCGCUGUAUGAUGGACGGGCAUCACUCUCUUCUUGGUACCCAUCAAGCCAACAAUCAUCAGCUGCAAGUUCACCUCCUCGUGGUCGUUCUACAACAGCACGCCCUCCUCGGAUUGAUGGAAAGGAGUUCUUCAGGCAAGCUAGGAGUCGUUUGUCCUAUGAACAGUUUAGUGCUUUCCUCGCAAACAUAAAGGAACUUAAUGCUCAAAAGCAAACUCGUGAGGAAACACUGAGAAAGGCAGAAGAGAUUUUCGGAGCAGAUAAUAAAGAUCUUUAUUUGCUUUUUCAAGGAUUACUUAAUCGCAAUACCAAGAGUUGAUUUGGAGGCUUAUGAGAAACCGUAUAAUUCUGUGUCAAACAAGCUAAAGGGCAACUUAAGGCUAGAAUUAUAAUAUUAUGCUUCAAUAGGAAGAUGUAUAUCAAGGCUUUAUGAACUUGUUUGCUACAUUAGUUACUGGAUUAGUUUUGUGAGAUACUGAUGUCUCGCCCCUUAUGAGAUACUGAAUGGCUCUAGCAUGACUAUGCUUUAUUUGUGGAGCUUCAUGUAAAUUAGAAUUCUUCUCAAGUCAUAUUCAAGUGUUUGUGUGAA